AUGACGUCCAUAGUAAACUAUUCCACCGCGGGCGAUCCCAAUACAGAGCCGUCUCACCCCAUUUCCGCCGAACCACAGCGAGAGGCGACGGUGGUGGCCAGAAAAUCCGUCACCUACUUUUUGCGAGAAGUCCACUAUUCCUUUUCCCCGUUCCAGCGCGAUCCGGAGCUCGAAGCUCGUGUCAAAGACAUUACACGAACUUGGACAUAUGAAGAGCAAAUCCGGCCUCAGAUCAUCACCGGCCUGGCGAUCACGGAGGCCGCGUAUCCUCACCUGACCAUGAAAACAAAAGUAGGAGUCGCCCUAUUCACUGCUUCUACUACGGCAAUGGACGGUCCAGAGACACCGAAUAAAGUUGCAUCAAGCGGAUUUCAUCGCAAGCUUUGCGAUGGAGCCAUCUAUGAUGAAGGAAACAUCUUCGCAGAUUUCGUCACAAUCUUGAGUGGAACGUGGCAAUGUUACCCGCCGUUCGGGUCGAAUAUGAUCAUGGUAUCUGCUCUCCAAUUCAUGAAUGCAUCGAUCCUCGAGGGGCUCGGCAACGGCGCUGCAAUUACCUCACGUUCCUUUGUCGAAUACAGACGGUUCAUAGGUGGUAUGCCUGAGGCAUACGCGUACUUCAUUUGGGAGAAGGCUCGUUUUCCUGACGAAAGAGUUUAUCUGAAGGUCCUGCCGGAUGCAGUAUCUUAUAUCAACUUCACGAAUGACAUCAUGUCGUUCUACAAAGAGGUACUGGAAGGCGAUACGACAAAUUAUAUAUCCGAUCGCGCACGAGUGACAAGCAAAUCGAUCUUGGAGACUUUACAGGACACGGUGGACGAGACGGUCGCUGCUCAUCACCGAAUUCGCAGUAUCCUUGGCGAGGGUGCAGCUCGGGAUGCAUGGGACAGCUUCGCUAACGGAUACAUCAGCUUUCAUUUGGGCGAUCCCCGAUACCGCCUCCGAGAUCUGCUAGACUGCGAGUACUUGUUCAACCACGCGGAGUACUAG